ACCUCAGGUGAUCCGCCCGCCUCGGCCUCCCGCAGUGCGGGGAUUACAGGCAUGAGCCACCAUGCCUGGCCAAGAUCAAUGACUCUUCUCAAUCAUGCCUUCUGUUUUUAUUGGCUGGCAUUCUUCUAUGAAGAAAAGCUGCCUCUCCUCUUUUUAUUCCUGUGUCUUCAAUAUCACUGUGAAUUCAUGAUUUUUGUUUUUACUCAAUUGUUUGUAAUUCAUCAUUUACAUUCUUUAGGUGACCUCAGUUUGGCCAGUGAGGGGCCUUCAAGUUGGCUCCAUUCCCGUCACUUUUUGUAUAUCCUAGCUUUUUGACCAAGAUGUUCUAGUCUUAUCAUGUACUGUCUGUCUUGGACCUGGAAUUAGCCAUUUCCCCAAGGAAAUUAGCCAUUUCCCCGGUGCUUUUUAAUGGAGAGUGGUAUUAGAGACCAACAUCUGGGUGUCAGGUGUACUCAUACCAACUGGUUAUUAUCAGAAAGAGCUGCCAAUUUCCAAAUUAUAUCUAUUUUGUAGUUGUAUUUUAUGGAUUAUGGGAGAGGCUGAGCCUAUUUUCAUGUUUUCUGGCCAUGUCCAUUGCCUUUUUGUGAAUUGCUUACUCAAGUCCUUUGUGGGAUGUCAAUCUUUUUCUUACUAAAGUGAGUUAAUAACAUUACAGCAUUUAGAAUAGUCCCUGACAUACAGUAAGGUUACAUAUUGCUGGAGGAUAUUACUUCGUAUUUAUUCUUUGUUAAAAGUAUCCAGAGUAACUUUUAAACUCAGUGCGCUGGACACAUGUUGCUCUUCUGCAGUCACAGUGGGGAGAGGACCUGUGCCUGCAUCCCGUGAUGCUGUCUGCCACUGCCCAAAAUGUAUGGGUCUGCAAGUCACACCUCCCUUGUCAUUCACUUGGCUCUGCUUCGUGGUGAUGGCAAACAUGGGCUGGCACCCAAGCCCUAAUGACAAAGGUCCAGGCCCUUCAGCACCGUGUGCAGCCUCUCAGCAUGGACAAUGGACCCCGAAGUCACUGCAGCUCACUGUUCCUCUCCCACCCUACAGGAAGUAGAUUGGGAAGCAGAGCUGGCCGUGGUCAUUGGAAAGAAAGGCAAGCACAUCAAGGCCACAGAUGCCAUGGCCCACGUGGCCGGCUUCACUGUGGCCCAUGACGUGAGUGCUCGUGACUGGCAAACGACACGCAAUGGGAAACAGUGGCUGCUGGGGAAAACCUUCGACACCUUCUGCCCUCUGGGCCCUGCCUUGUCACAGUGGGGAGAGGACCUGUGCCUGCAUCCCGUGAUGCUGUCUGCCACUGCCCAAAAUGUAUGGGUCUGCAAGUCACACCUCCCUUGUCAUUCACUUGGCUCUGCUUCGUGGUGA